GGCUUUACUCAGGAGUGACGCGCAGAGAGCAUGUAGGCGGCUUUUAGUAAUUUAAUUUCCAAUGCAUUUAAUUAAAUUUUCAAAACGAACGCCCACCUGGCCACCGACCUUUGUUUCCUUUCCCAGUUGCAUCCCUUUUCUCUCUGUCUGUCUUAAUUGUGGAAAAGGUCAGUUUCAGUUACACAACCUAACCAAUUUGGCAAGCAACCAUGUCACCACUAUUUCCAUUUCACACUCUUCAAAUUGCCCAUUGAAUCUUCUUCCUCUUUCUUCUACUGAUUUCCACAUGACUGAGCCGUUUGCUGGUUCCAAUUCUGACGCUUGGCAAGACCUUCUCCGCCGAAUGUUGCCGGCCGGAGCUCCCCUACCGGACGAAGAACAACUCGACUACUCUAUUGCUAUUGAGUAUAAAGGUCCGCCGUUAGAUUUUCCUGUUCCUGUAGUUGAUCCACUUGCUUCUUCCCAAAGUACCCUCACGAAACUUCCCAAAUUCCGUAAGGUACCGUCCGUUCAUUCCAAAUUCACUAUGCACGUGAAGAAAAACAGUAGUGGAAGCGGAAGCGGAAGUUCGUCUUCGGCUUCAAGGCUGCGCAUGAAUUCCAGCUCGGAAUCUGAUAGUAAAAUCCCAACGGAUCAAUCUCUUUCGGAGUUAAAUAAUAGCGGUGAUGUUCCGGCUAUUGAUACUGAUGAAACUGCAGAGAAUGAAUAUGAAAAUGAUAAUGAUGAUAAAUAUGAUGACGUAGAUAGAAAUGAGUAUAAUUCGGCGUCCUCUGUUGAUGUUGGUGAUAAAUCAUUACCGGAAGGGGAAAAAAAUGGAAAAAAUGAUAGGCUAGGGGUUAAGGCUAGGGUUCAUGUCUGUAGUAGGUGUGGGAAGAAUAACAGGUUAAGAGAGAGAGAAUUUUGCAUUGUAUGUGGUGCUAGGUACUGUAGAAACUGUUUGCUUAAGGCUAUGGGCUCAAUGCCAGAGGGUAGGAAAUGUGUGGGAUGCAUAGGAGAGCCUAUAGAUGAGGCUAACAGAGAAAAAUUGGGUAAGUGUUCUCGUUUGCUGGCGAAAAUCUGUAGUCCCUUGGAAGUUAAGCUGAUAAUGAAGGCAGAGAGUGAGUGCUUGGCGAACCAAAUUCAACCCGAGCAGGUGUGGGUCAAUGGGAGGCCAUUGCGGGAGGAGGAAUUAGUAGAGUUGCUUGGAUGUGCAAUUCCACCACAGAAGUUGAGACCUGGAAAGUAUUGGUAUGACAAGGAUUCGGGGCUUUGGGGAAAGGAGGGAGAGAAGCCAGACAGGAUAAUAAGCUCAAAACUGAAUGUGGGUGGUAAGCUUCAGAUUGAUGCUAGUAAAGGAAAUACGAAAGUGUUCAUCAAUGGCCGUGAGAUUACAAAAGUUGAGCUCAGGGUUCUGAAGUUAGCCAAGGUUCAAUGUCAACGAGGUACUCACUUUUGGGUAUACGAUGAUGGAUCCUAUGAGGAAGAAGGUCAAAAUAACAUUAGAGGAAACAUAUGGGGAAAGGCAUCUACUCGUUUCAUUUGUUCAUUGUUUUCAUUGCCUGUUCCACGUGGAAAUAUUCACGGGCCAAAAGAAGAUGCGACUGCUUUUUCAGGUAGGUCUAUACCUGAGUAUUUGGAGCAAGGUAGACUGCAGAAACUUUUGUUGUUUGGGCUGGAAGGAUCUGGGACAAGCACCAUUUUUAAGCAGGUGAAGUUUAUAUCUAAAAGUAAAUUCACAGUUGAAGAGGUACAGAAUAUCAAGCUUACCAUUCAAAAAAACAUCUAUAGAUACCUGAGUGUCUUACUCGAGGGGCGAGAGCACUUUGAGGAGGAGGUCCUGAUGGAUAAGAAAACUUGUGAUUUGGAGAUGGAAAAUCUUUCACCAGUUGAUGCCGGAACUGAUGGGAGCAGGCGCUGCAUCUACUCAGUCAAUCAAAGAGUAAAACAUUUUUCUGAUUGGUUACUGGAAAUCAUAGCUAUGGGAGAUUUGGAUACUUUCUUUCCUGCUGCUACACGUGAAUAUGCUCCAGUUGUAGACGAAAUCUGGAAAGACCCUGCCAUCCAGGAAACGUACAAGAGAAGGGAUGAACUGCGUUUGCUUCCUGAUACUGCUAAAUAUUUCCUGGACAAG